UCAUCUUUAGACUUAUAAUCAUCAAGCAUUGGGGAUAUAAUUUUACCAAGCAAAUUGGAAGGUAACAGAUCAAAUCCUUAUCAGAAAGCCUAACUCAUAGUUUUAAGCGUUCUUCGUCCUUUACAUGAAACAUUAUAUUCAAGAAGAACAAAAACGCAUUUCAGAGUGCCCAAAGAGUUAAUGACCAAAGCUUAUAUUCCAGGCAGCAUAGAACCAAGAUCGUCACACUACUGUCAACCACAAAAGACAGCUGUCCUAUAGGGGCGGCAGAAGUCCUCAGAUUUGUUGCAAUGGCUUUAGUCUUCAGAGUAGUGAUGCAAUUCGUUGGACUUUCAUUAUCUUUGCUGGGAUGGGUUUUAUCCAUUAUUACAACUUAUUUGCCAUACUGGAAAAACCUCAACCUGGACUUAAAUGAAAUGGAAAACUGGACCAUGGGGCUCUGGCAAACGUGCGUCAUCCAGGAGGAAGUGGGGAUGCAGUGCAAGGACUUUGAUUCCUUCCUGGCUUUGCCUGCCGAACUCAGGGGCUCCAGGAUUCUCAUGUUCCUGUCAAACGGGCUGGGGCUCCUGGGCCUGCUGGUCUCGGGGUUUGGACUGGACUGCUUGAGAAUUGGAGAGAGACAGCCAGCCUGCAAGAAGCGACUGCUGAUCCUGGGAGGACUUCUGUUCUGGACGGCGGGCAUCACGACCGUCGUGCCGGUCUCCUGGGUGGCCCACCUGAUCGUCCGGGAGUUCUGGGAUGAGACUAUCCCAGAGAUUGUGCCCAGGUGGGAGUUCGGGGAAGCCCUCUUUCUCGGGUGGUUUGCUGGAUUCUCUCUCCUCCUAGGAGGGUGUCUGCUCCACUGUGCAGCCUGCUCGACCCCAGCUCCUCCAGCCUCGGGCCACUAUGCAGUGGCAGAAAUGCAUAGUCCAUACCUGGAAAAUGGAACUGCAGAUCCUAAAGUGUAAGACUUGGACAAGACCAGAGAGCCGCAUCUUUCUACAUCAACUGCGAUGUAGGCUCUACAUGACAAAGGGGUCUUUGUUAUGUAACUAAAUCUGUGCUGGUCACAAUUUCUCACCGAACGACUA